UUAUUCCCUUUAUUUUUUCACUGACGCAGUUGAGUUAACUCGUUGAGCAAGCAAGAACCCCCCUUUAUAUUCAUUUCCUCUGCACUUCACUCUGCAGAGAGUCGUCGAAGAAGAAAGAAGAAAGAGCAAAAUCAAGCGUUCAAAAUAUGAGUAGCAUCGGAACAGGUUACGAUCUAUCCGUCACUACUUUCUCUCCCGAUGGCCGCGUUUUCCAGAUCGAGUACGCUGCCAAAGCCGUCGACAAUAGCGGGACUGUUAUUGGGAUCAAAUGCAAAGAUGGUGUUGUGUUGGGCGUUGAGAAGCUUAUUCCAUCGAAAAUGAUGCUCCCGGGUUCCAAUAGAAGAAUACAUUCGGUUCAUCGUCACUCCGGGAUGGCUGUAGCAGGAUUAGCAGCUGAUGGAAGGCAAAUUGUUGCUAGGGCUAAGUCUGAAGCAACUAACUAUGACAGUGUCUAUGGCGAACCAAUUCCUGUUAAGGAACUUGCUGAACGUGUGGCUAGUUAUGUGCACCUUUGUACGCUAUAUUGGUGGCUCAGACCUUUUGGAUGUGGUGUCAUACUUGGAGGUUAUGACAGGGAUGGACCACAAUUGUACAUGGUUGAACCUUCUGGCGUUUCCUAUAGGUAUUUUGGUGCUGCAAUUGGGAAAGGGAGACAGGCUGCUAAAACAGAGAUUGAAAAAUUAAAGCUUGCUGAUAUGACUUGUCGACAAGGGGUUAUUGAAGUAGCAAAGAUUAUAUAUGGUGUUCAUGAUGAGGCAAAGGACAAAGACUUUGAGCUAGAAAUGAGCUGGGUGUGUGAUGAAUCAAACCGCCAACAUGAAAAGGUCCCAGAUGACCUUCUAGAAGAAGCAAAAGCAGCAGCCAAAGCAGCUCUUGAGGAAAUGGAUGCAGAUUAAUAGAUUAAAAAUGUUUAUUCAAACGUUGUAUUUCGUAACUUGUAACUGAGCAUUUGGAACAUCUAUAGGAAAUGCAAAGGCUUCAAUAGUUGGAUUUUGUAUGCUUCUUUAUGAUUUAAUGCCUUUGUUGAUUUCCUGUUUAUGGGGAGAAAUGUUUUGAAGUGCUUUAAAUACCGACCUUCAUUGAUUUUAGUAUUGAAUUCUGUCUCACAAUUCCACUUGUGCUCACCAUUGAGUUUAUCUUUUAUUUAGCACCUUAUUUUUGUCUGCAAUCGCAGGAUUAGAAACACUAAAUUGUAAUGUAUUUCUGUUAUUAAGCGAGUUGUUUUU